AUGACCUUUCAGAAAAGAACAUUUACUAUUCCAGGAGAACAGUCAAAACCUGUACCUCCUAUUCCUCAAAAAAAACCAGCACCUCCUACACCCUCAAAAUGUGCACCACCUCUUCCUACAAAAUGUGCACCACCAGUACCUCAGAAGAAAGUUGCACCACCUAUACCUGGUCACUCAACAAUUAGUGAAGAAAAACAUGUUCCAUCAAUUCCAGAACAUAGACAUGAAGCACCACCAAUUCCAGAACAUAAACAUGAAGCACCACCAAUUCCAGAACAUUCAUUAGAUGAUACAUCUCAAAGAAAUAAAGAGAUUAAACCAAAUAAAUCAAAAGAAAAUAAAGAAUUAGCUAAAAACAUUGCUGGAGACGUUAAAGAUGUAUAUAAUAAAAUGCCACCUAUGACUGAGGAACAAAAACAACAUGCUAAAGAAGAGGCUUCUAAAGCUGGAAAAACUGCAUAUUCUGGAGCUACGAAAGCAGUUAAAAGUGAAGAGUUUAAACAAGCUAAAAGUCAAGUUGCUAGUGAUUUAAAAGAAAGAGGAAAAGAAGCUAGUAAGACAGCUAAAACAAGUUAUGAAAAGGCAUCUCAAACUGAAGAAUGGAAACAAGCCAAAGAACAAACAAAAACAAUUUCUAAAGAAGUCUAUGAAAGUGAACAGUUCCAAGUAGCUAAGAAAGAAGGAGAAAAGAAAACUGCUCAACGUAUGACUGGAAGAGAAGACGCUGAAUUUGAUCCUAGUGUCACAAUGCAAACAUCUGUUAAACCAACUAUUGUUACUGAUGAAAAUGGAAAAAAGAAAUUUGGAGUUGGAGUUACUGUAAAACCUAAAUUUGCAAUGGAUGGUGAUGAAAUUAACACUAACGCACCUGCUAUGACUGUUAACAGUACUGUUGAUCCUAAACUAAAGAAGAAUGAAGAUGGUACUACUGGUGUAGAUUGGGGAAUGAAAUCACAAAAACCAGUUGUGUCAAAAGAAGCACCAAAAAGCGAGGGACCAGAGUUUUCGUUUGAUACUAAAAUGAAACCUAAAGUCGAAUAUGAUGAGUUUGGACAACCUAAAAUGAAAAUAGAUACACAAACUGGUAACUAUGGUGCAUCUUGUAAAGGACAUUCUAUCAAUGAACAGCAAGUUAAAGAAAUUACAAAAUAA